CAGUGCUUAGAAGAAAUGACAAAAGAAUGAUUGUCGUCAUCGUACGACCAUAUUCAGGUGGUACAGAGAAUUCCAGAGGGGCAAUUUCACUGUGGAGGACGCUGAGAGGGAAGGAAGGCCGCUAACGUCAAGCUGUGAGGAAAAUGCUUGACAAAGACCGAGGAGUGACAUACCAACAGAUAGAGGAGACCUCAAG